AUGGUGAACAUUAGAGUACAAAAAGGUCCGGAAUCUCCGAGGACGACGGAGGUGGGAGAGAUAGACACGAGAGCACCGUUCCAGUCGGUGAAAGCUGCGGUGAGUUUGUUCGGUGAAGUUGCCGUCUCAAGGCAAAGAAGUACUCCUAGGCGGUCUCGACUUUCCUCUGAGAGCGUUUGCGACAAAGAAACACAGCUGAUGCUAGCCAACAAAGAAUUCAACAAGAUCAAGCAAAAGCUGGACAACGCUGAGAGCACGAGAUCUCGUGCUCUUUCCGAUCUCUCAAAGGCAAAGAAGACAAUGGAGGAUCUUAGCAACAAGCUUGAAGCUGUCAACAAGUCUAAGCAAUCCGCUAUUGACACCAAAGAAACCGUCCAACAACGCGAAGAACAGCUUGAGCAUGAUAAGUCUCAUGGCUCUCCUCCUCACCACCACGAGCUUGACGUUGCCAGAGAGCAAUAUCUCUCAACGACCAUUGAACUCGACGCUGCAAAACAGCAGCUCAACAAAAUCAGACAGAGCUUUGAUUCCGCUAUGGACUUCAAAGCCACGGCCUUAAACCAGGCUGCAGAAGCCAAGCGUGCACUCCAAGUAAACUCUGCUAAGGUCAACGAGCUUUCCAAGGAGAUUUCGGAUAUGAAAGAUGCGAUUCAUCAGCUCAAGCUAGCGGCCACUCAGAAUCUUCAGGAGUACGCAAAUAUUGUGAAGGAAAAGGACGAUUUACGAGAAUGUUACAAGACAGCCGUUGAGGAAGCAGAGAAGAAACUGCUUGUUUUGAGGCAAGAAUAUGAGCCUGAGCUCUCAAGGGACCUUGAGGCAAAACUGGUAGAGACGACUUCAGAGAUUGAGGUUUUACGGGAAGAGAUGAAGAAAGCUCAUGAAUCUGAAAUGAUCACGGUUAAAAUUAUUACAAACGAACUUAACGACGCUACGAUGAGGCUACAAGAGGCUGCUGAUGAGGAAUGCUCUCUCCGGAGCUUGGUGAAUUCUCUCAGGAUGGAAUUAGAAGACAUGAGGAGAGAACGGGAAGAGUUGGAGCAGAAAGAAGCAGAGAGAUUAGAGAUCGAGGAAACGAAAAAGAUGGAAGCUCUCAAGGAAGAGAGCUUGAAACUCGAGCAAAUGAAAUCAGAAGCUGUGGGAGCAAGAAACGAAGCUGAGAAGAUGAAUAAAAAGAUAGAGAGCUUGAAGAAAGAAACCGAGGCUGCAAUGAUAGCUGCAGAGGAAGCUGAAAAGAGACUAGAGCUUGUUAUAAGAGAAGUCGAAGAGGCGAAAUCUGCUGAGGAGAAAGUCCGCGAGGAGAUGAAGAUGAUCUCUCAGAAGCAAGAGAGCAAGAAACAUGACGAGUCGUCUGGUUCCAAGAUUAAAAUCACAGUACAAGAGUUUGAAUCUUUGAAACGAGGAGCAGGGGAAACAGAGGCUGCAAUCGAAAACAAGUUGGCAGCUAUAGCAGCUGAGCUAGAAGAGAUCAACGCAAGAAAAACCGAAGCUGAUAAGAAAUUAGGAGCUACCUUGAAAGCGAUAGAGGAGAUGAAACACGCAACGGAAUUGGCUCAGAAGUCAGCAGAAUCUGCAGAGGCAGCAAAGAGCGUUGUGGAAAGUGAGCUGAGGAGAUGGCGUCAACAAGAAAAUGUACAACAUGCUUAG